AUGGAGGUUACAGAGGUCUUCAAUGCCAUCACGCGUGAGUCCUAUGAUCACUUUGAUGAUCAGAGCCAGGCUCAUUGUCAGCAGAGUUUUGCACUGCGCAUUGCCAACAGAAUUUUGCACUGGGAGGCGUUUGUGACCGGAAGUGCAGAGCCUUUUGACAGCGUAGGGGAUCAGCAAGUUGCCGAGUGCUUUCAGCAAAACGGGGUUCACGUUUCCACGCCGUUUGAUCAAUUAGGGAGUCUUACCGCCGUGGAUGUCAGCAUGCAGCUACGAGGUAAAGACAAAGACCUGGAGUUUCAAUUAGGUCCCAGUUACAAAACAGUUUUUACUUUGGUGUGUGCCGCGAUGCCUUGUAAGGCUGCACAGGAAGCGGGGUGCCAGCAAGGGUCACCAGCGCAUACUAAAGAGGCUUCUGACCAAGGGGCAUUUUUGGCCUCGGGGAGUGAGCCUGCUGUUAAUGAGUUUGCCAACCACCCGCGGGCACCCUGUGAGUGUACAGAGAAGGGAGGCCUGACCGCAGUAGCCGCCGAAUAUACGGCGCCGGGGAGUAUGAGCGCCCUCACCACGGAUUCGCUUAGGACAGACAGUGCAGCAGCCAACCCCGGAGCCAAGCCGGGAUGCCACACAGAGCAAUCCAAGAGGGCCCGAGAAAUUUGCAAUGAAGUGGACAGACUUUUGCGUCAAAUCAUUCCAGGUAGGACUUUGGCCCCUGGGGUUGAGGGAAAGUUGAUUGGCUUGAUGGAGCAGUUGGAGUCGAUCGCGCAGGAGGACAGUCCACUUUGGAACCUAGGAAUGGCGAUAGGCGAAGCCAUUUCUGCAGUCACAUGA